ACGCUCCGCCAAUAGGCGAGCUCUAUAUAUGACGUCACCGGAGUAGGUCGCGGCACUCAGCUGACGGCUGCAUUCAGAAGUCGAGGAACCGUAACUUGCGAUUAUCCAAAAGUUCAGAAAUUCAGAAGGAAGAAUCAUUUUUUAAGAUGGUUGACGCUUUGGAGCAGAUGCCGAAGUCGGAGACGAUUCGUCUUCGAGAACGUCAUGUUGGGCAAGCUUGCAAAUUAUUUUACAAAUCGAAUCCUUUGAAGAUUGUCAGAGCUGAAGGACAAUACAUGUAUGAUGAAAAAGGAAAUCGUUAUUUGGACUGUAUCAACAAUGUUGCUCAUGUGGGUCACUGUCACCCGACAGUAGUGCGAGCCGGCCAAGAGCAAAUGGCGCUGCUCUCCACGAACAACCGCUUCCUCCACGACAACUUGGUCCUCUGUGCUCGUCGCUUGACAUCGCUCCUUCCAGAACCCUUAUCCGUCUGCUUCCUGGUGAACUCCGGAAGCGAAGCGAACGACCUCGCUCUUCGUCUAGCUCAGACUCACACGAAGAACAAAGACAUCAUCACUCUGGACCACGCUUAUCAUGGCCAUUUGACCUCGAUGAUCGAUAUAUCGCCGUACAAGUUCAACAAGCCGAACGGUCCUGGAAAGAAAGACUGGGUUCAUGUGGCACCCUGUCCGGACGUAUAUCGAGGAAAGUAUCGCGAAACUGACUACCCCGGUGAAGAUCUAGGUGUAAAGUAUGCCAACGACGUGAAAAAUAUUUGUCAAAAUCUGAAAAAUCAAGGGAAAGGUGUUUGCGCUUUUAUCGCGGAAAGCUUGAUGUCGGUUGGUGGACAAAUUCUACCCCCAGAGAACUAUUUCAGAAACGUCUACAAACACGUUCGCGAAGCUGGAGGUGUCUGCAUCGCCGACGAAGUGCAAGUUGGAUUCGGAAGGGUUGGCAGUCACAUGUGGGCUUUCCAACUUUAUGGAGAAGAUGUCAUCCCAGAUAUCGUCACCGUAGGAAAACCCAUGGGCAAUGGCCACCCCGUAGCAGCUGUUAUCACCAACCCAACCAUUGCUGGAAGUUUCAAAGACACCGGAAUCGAAUAUUUCAAUACGUAUGGCGGCAACCCAGUAUCCUGCGCCAUAGCAAACGCAGUGAUGGAGGUAAUAGAGCGCGAGAAUCUUCAAGAGAACGCUUUGAAGGUUGGCAAAUAUUUGAUGUCGGAAUUGAGGAAGUUGGCGAAAAGGCGAAAAAUCAUCGGUGAUGUUCGAGGUGUUGGAUUGUUCGCUGGAAUCGAAUUAGUUCGUGACAGGAUCAAAAGGAUACCGGCGACUGCUGAAGCGAAGCAUGUGGUUAGUAGGUUGAAGGAUAAGAAGAUCCUGGUGAGCAGCGAUGGUCCUGAUGACAAUAUUCUGAAACUGAAACCACCGAUGGUGUUCACGGUUGAGAAUGUGGAUCACCUUAUUUCUGUGUUAGAUGAGAUCCUCGAGGAAGUGGAUAUUGGUAUUGAAGAGAAAUACGAGUCCCCACAGACGAUCCUGAAAGCAACAAUAUCGCAAAUGGACGUCGAUAGAGAUACCACUUGUACAAACGGGAAACCUCUUCUUGUACGCGCUACUUAAUGAUUAAUUUAACGAAAAUAUUAUGCACAAAACUAUUUCGCGGGAUACGUUUAAAGUAUUAUUAUUAGUGAAAUGAAUGCUUACUAUUUAUGGUGUAUACUAUUAGUAUAAUUGUAUGUACAUGUAAAUAACUGUAAAUGAAUAGAGAGGCACGUGAUCAUAGUUGAAAAUUAAAAUUCAUGGUCAAUGUUGCAUGUUGAGAGAUGAUAAUAAAUAUUAUUUUUACAUAUA